UUGACGAUCGAAGAGGAGGAGAAAGCUAUCGUCCAGCUGAUAGAACAGGCCGUUCACCAUCUCGCGGGUACGAUGUUCGUCACAGGCGCUCGCCGCCACGAACCCGCUCUCCACCCCGACAGCGAGCAGACACUUGGGUGCCUCCGUCUAAUAGGGGAUAUGGGCGCCCACGAAGAAGGGGAUUUGGCCCAAACGGCUACGAAAGAAGACGAUCACCGCCAAGAAGAUUCUCACCCAGAAGAGAAGAAAGGAUCAGGUCGCCGCCGGCGAUUUGGCGUCCAAAAUCGCCUUUCAAUGAUGGAAGAUCCCGCGAUUCAUCUCGUGGCCACAAUAGCCCGAGACGGCCGCGCGACACAACACCGGCCACUCAGGGUUUCCGACCAUCCAGGAGGGAUGGCCCACCAGCCCCUAGCCUCGACAAACUCUCUAGAGCUUCUUCGCCAAGAGCGCCGUCAGAAGUUUUGCCGCCGCAAAGUCCAGCACCUGGUCCCCGCGGAGACCACGCGCCUGAUAGAACGAGCCAGGACCGAAUUUUAUCAUCACGACAUGCUUCGCCUGCGCAAGUCGUCGCUUCACAACCAGAGACUAUAUCUCAACGUUCAUCUCCAGCCGUGGAAAAAGCUGGUCUCGCGUCACAAGGAUCACGUAGUCGCUCACCGCCCAGAAACCACAGUGCAAGCCCACAUUCUCUCCCAACAUCAGGGCCAUAUCAAGGACCGAGGCCGCCAUCCAACCCACAUCGUGGGGUACUGUCGGCGCCGACUCGCCCUCGCCGUGGACCAGGCUCGCGUGAAUCUUGGAUGGGAACUCCUCCGGUACGCCGUGGUCCCGCUCCAGCUUCACAUGGCCCUCCGGCAGGACCACGUGGUUCUUUCUCCUCCUCAGUCACGGGCGGGGGAAGUUUUCGACAUGCCAACCAACGGCAAUCCAUUUCUGCCUCUGCAGCUCAACCGAUGUCUCCCGUCUCUUCUGGAACCUGCUGUAGAAAAGCGGCUGUCUCAGCUUGAUACCGACAAAGAAAAACUUCUGGAGCAGAUGGCGGAAAUGCAACGAUCAAAGCGAGCAGAACUUCGAGACUGGGAUCGACUUGACCGUGAAAGCUCCAUCUGCGCUCUAAAAAGUGAGCUGGCUGAGGGCAAUCUCCAGCGAAUGGCCGACGAGAGCAUCGGGGGUGGAAUUCUGUUCUAA